CUGUUUUAGUUUAUGUUUGGCAACAAUUGAAUAAAGUACCAACAGUUUAUUUUUUUGUAAUCUGCAUGUAGUUUAUGUAUAUGUGUAACGUGAAAUCAAACUGAAGCAAAGUGUCUAAGCAUUUAACAAAAUAAAAUAUAAUAAUGAAUUUAAACAUUAAAAUGUUUUAAAGACGUAUUAAGCAACAAACUAGUUAAAGCUUCUUAUACAAUGGCAAUGGCAUUGUAAAUUAGAACAUACAAUUGCAAUAUGAGCAAGUUAUGAUGAAAAAUCGAUAACUCCAAAAAAAAACUUUAUUGUGUAAGAAAAUAAGUUGUUGCAAAACGACAGUAAUAAAAACACAACCAAAAUGUCUUCGUGAAGCAAGAAAAUCAAAAAUUCUUUGUUUCACCAACCAUAUUGAAAGAACUGGACGGUGAAGGAAAAUUAAAUUCCGCAAACGUAAAACACCAAGAAAAUAUUUUUAAAAAACGAUUGCAUUUCGUCACUCGUAUUUUUUGCGAAAGUUGAAAUUUUUGUGAUAACUUUGUAAAAGUACAAAUUAGUGGUAGAAAAAAAAAAACAUAGAGAGCUCUUAGACUAAUAACAAACGUAAAUUAAAUGUUAAGUAACACAAACAACGUUACAAUAAGUACCAACAAGUUUUUUUUAGUGCAAUAGCGAAAUUUUUUCUACACAUUUAAAUAAAAGCUUAAACUGAAACAACAUUCCUGCGCAACAUAAACCAAAAUGGCUGUCAAAAUGUACUAGGCCAGCCCUCACAAUGUCUGUCCCUGUACGCUACUCUGCUGCCGCCAAUUACGCCGUCGUUGAUAGUGGUUUGUCAAAUACUCUACAACAAGAAGAGCAAUACCACCAACACCAACAGCAACAACAACAUCAACAGCAGUUGUAUUGCCAAUUUGUCGCUAACGCCAACGCCAACGCCAACGCCAACGCCAACGCUAACGUCAACAACAUCAAUUUGAGUUUGGGCGAGUGCAAUAACUUCGUGAACGGCAAUAUAAACGGUUUUGACGUGCAGCAGCAGUUGAUGCAGCAGCGGUCAUCGAUGUCGUCGUCGGUUUCGCCAAUAACUGGAUUACCCGCCAACAUCARCAUCAACAUCAACAACAACAUCAAUCAUCACCAUCAUCAUCAUCAUCAGAUUUCACCUUUAAACAUGGACAAUAUGAAUAUCAAUAAUAUUGAUGUCCUGCAAGAGGAGGAAGAGGAUCAUCAGUUGCAUUACCAUCAGCAUCAUUUCGAUAAUCAGUCGGCAUGCGAGCAAUCGGAAUUGCCGUUAAACAGCAUGAUGGGCGGCGAGACAGUGGCGGAAGCUAUGAACUCAACGAUGUUGGCGGCAGCAGUAGCGAAUGGUAGCGGUAUUGCAGCAAUGCAUACUGUGGAUGUAGAUGUGGAUGAGUGGAGGAUGUCUGACGAGGGCCGGUAUGGGACACCGGGUGCUGCUGGCUUGGAAUAUCAAAAGUAUGAGCUAGAACAACAACAACAACAAACACCUGCUAACAUGAUGAACAACCCAUUGGAGUCUUCGUUAAUGGACAAUGAGAAUAGGAAUAUGAAGAUGAACAACAAUAAUGCCAAUAAAACUGGCAACAACAGCUGCAGUAGCAACACCGAUGCCAAUAGCGUCAAUGAUGCCCCAAAUUCGCCUAAGAAGGAGAAUGAAUUAGUCGGUUUGUCAUCCGAAGAAUUGUAUCGUAUGUUGAACGAAUACAAUGUGCUGCAGGAUAAAUACCAUACUGUAUUGCUGAUGCCGAGAGAAUCCAAGCGUGAAGUGACGGCUGGUGGACGUGAUGGCUCCGCGUAUGUUUUACGUUGCCUUAAAAUGUGGUACGAGCUGCCCUCCGAUGUGCUAUUCUCAGCAAUGAGCCUUGUGGAUCGCUUCCUUGAUCGCAUGGCUGUGAAGCCGAAGCAUAUGGCCUGCAUGAGUGUUGCCUCAUUUCACUUGGCUAUUAGGCAACUAGGACUAAAACCAAUACCCGCGGACGAAUUAGUGACUAUUUCACAGUGUGGUUGCACAGCUGGCGAUUUGGAGCGUAUGGCUGGUGUUAUCGCCAAUAAGUUGGGUGUACAAAUGGGCACCACCCCGGUCACUGCCGUUACCAUCYUGCGCGUUUUUUAUGCCCUUUUCCGUAAUUUGGCAAAGGAGGUAUGCGAUGAAUUCUAUGAAUUCUAUCAACGUAUGAUCAAGUUGGAAGACUUAGAAAAUCGUUUGGAGAAUUUGCUAUGCGAUGUCAAGACUACUGUUAUAGCACCAUCAACAUUGGCAUUAAUACUGAUGUGUCUACAUUUGGAUUUCCAUAUUAAGGCGUCCUAUAAACGCGAACGGCCCGAAUUAAAACCCGUAUUCGAGUAUAUACUUUUCCUGCAGCAAUAUUUGCGGAUUCCUGAUCGCGUAUUCAGCUGCGGCUUUUCCAUUGUUGCUGAGAUCCUGUCUCACUACAAUGGUCAAAAUAAGCAGCCUUACAAGCAACGCCUGGUUUGGAAAUUGUCCAGCCGCACACUGAAAGUAUUGCGUCCAACCAAUCGUUUUUCAACCGAUCUACCCACCAUCGAUGAGGGCCAAGUGAAUGUCAUGGAUGAAGGCUGUCGUUCAAGAACUGAAAGCAUUAGCUCCGAGGAGGAGGAGGACUGGCCCACAUCACCCAUUAUACCGAUCUUUGAACAGUGUUAGUACCGUACACACGCAUAAGAGGAUGCGAACCGAACAUCAGAUUUUUGCUUACGAACUCAACAAAUAACUGCAGGAUAUUUUUUUCGGUAUAUUCGGAUAGUUUGAGUAGAGGAGUACGCAAAAAAGUUGCGAAAAGCAGAGAAAAAAUCGUUUCAAAUGGAGACGCAUUGUUGUUGUACGCAUUGCAAUUGAGAGAUGACAAUGAAAUGCAAUAUAAAUACGAAGUUUAAAAGCACGAGAGAGCAGCAACAUGAGACAGUAAAGCAACAACACCAACAACAUAUCCUGCACAUAAAAACAAGCAACAACAGAUAUUUUGCUUUUUGAAAAGAAAAAAUAUUUAAAGUAAAUAACAAAGGGAGUAACAGUCACAUCCGUAAGCGAGGAAUCAACAGUUUUUAAGAAGAACAAAAACUAAAAAAAAAAAAACUAAAUUUUUUUUUAACAAUAACAUCCGGCUCCCCACUCUGCGAUGUGUGUAUAUUUUGCUAUGCAUCAUAAUUACGAAAGAAUUCUUAUUUGUUUUAGUAUAUGUAUAUACGUACGGUAAUAGAAAUGUUUAGAAAGGAGAAACAAAACCAAAACAAAAAAUAUAUGGGUUAGAAGGCGCAUAUGUGUGACCGCGGCCAGUCAGACAGAUCAGAUAGAACGGUGCCUAUGUAGAGGGAAGAUGUUUAAUUCUAUUUCAAAACUUAAGGAAAACAACAAAAACACAAACAAAAAAAAUUUAAAAACAUAAAUAUGAAAAAAAAAAAAUCAAAAAGCAAAAAGAAAAAAAAACUAAAUAAAUGUUGCGGACCAUCAUACCAAGGAUUGAUGCCGUUCCGAAGCAUUUUUUCAAGAAACCGUAGAAGUGCGUAGUAAAAAUUCUUGGCAGAAUACGAAUUCACAGCAAAACCUACGAACAUAUUUCGUUUUAAACGAACCAAUUAUGCUAACACCUUGUAUAUUUGUUAAGUAUUUUAGUUGUGUACGGAACAUGCUAAAAGUGUUGCGCAUGCGCGCACAGCUGGAAUACCGACAAAUUGCUGUUGAUGAGAUGAGCACGUGUCGUAUGCCAACGGGACACUGCAUUUGGGUUCGCUCACACAAAAAAUAUUCCAAAACAUUUAUAAAGAAAACAUAAA